GACGCCUUGUAUUUAUGCUAAGACACUGUCCUCCACGAAUGCGUGCACGAAAGGAAUAGUUCUCGAGAUGCACUUGGACACCCUCUGUAUCGGGAUCGCGGGGAGUUUUCAAUGUUUGCAGAGCAGUGUCUCUGUCGUCCUUUGGUUCAAAGAUGGUCGAGCGCGGCUGAGGAUUUUGGUGCUGACAGGAAAUAAAUGGAGGAUAAGCAUCUGCGCAAGAGAGGAGAAGGCUUUAUAGGAACGAUAAACCAGGUCUGGUGUGGGACAGCGAGCGAUUCAGUGAUAAAAUCACCGCGGUAGGCGUUACAGUCAGGGCUGGAAUGUGGGUCACCCAGGAAACUUGGAACAAACAAUCCACUUUGUCCAGCGCAGAUAUACCGGAAUAGAAUUGGCUUUAAGAAGAAAACCGCAUACAUAGAAACCGACAGCCCCGGAAACGUCAACGAAGCGUAGUGCACGAGUAGCAUAAUAAAGUAGUACAAGAAUCGUGUCACCGGAGGAGUGAGUCCA